UUCUAAACCAACAAAACCCCAUUUCAUUUCACUAUCCGAUAAACAAAACACAUAUACAAAUUCUUGUGGGUCUAUCUCAUUAUUAAUCAAAAUCCCAAGAAAAAAGAUCUAGAUCUAAAAAAAACAAGACAAAGAUACAAGCUUAGGGACGCUAAUGCGGUUUAAUAAGUUUUGGCCAUAGUGUGAAUGGAAAUUAUCAAACUCUGGGGAUGCUAAUGAGGUUUAAUAAGUUUUGGGCAUUGUGUGAAUGAAAUGAAAGAAGAAAUAAGUGAAGUUUUGGUGCAGAGACAACAAUGACUAGUGGGUCAUUGGGUCUAAGAUCAUCAAGCUAUGGCUCAUUAGUACAACAUCAACAACAACAACAACUGCAACAACAACAAUUGCAAAAUGGAGGUCAACAACAAAAAGUCAACCAAUCAACACCACCAAUUAUUGCUUCUUCAAGAAAAGCUUCAAAGAUGUUUGUUAAAGAGAAAGAGAACAUGUUCAUUUGGAUGUUCAAAUUUGUGCAUAGAAAGAAAGUUGGAAUGCUGCUACUAUGUCUUGUUUCAAUUGUUGCUAUGUUAUGGGUACUUUAUGUUGGCAAAGGUGAAGUUACACAAGUUCACAAUAUCCAAAGUUUAGAAUUCAAAAACAAUUCCAUCACUAGAUUUUCACCAAUGAGCGUUGAUGAAGAGAAAGUCCAUACGGUUGAUUCUUCGUUAGGGAAUCAUGAAAUGAAGCUUACAUUGAUUCAUGAAGAUACAAUCUCAAUGGUCUCACCGCCGCCGCCGCCACCGCCUCCAUCUCUACCGAUGCCGCCACCUCCAUCUCCACCACUGCCGCCACUUCCAUCUCCACCUCCACCUGUUUAUUUUACUGGAUACACCCUUCCUCAUGGCCAUCCUUGUGAAACUUUUACAAUGCCGCCUCCACCCGCAGACAAGAAAAGAACAGGCCCACGUCCUUGCCCGGUGUGUUACCUUCCAGUGGAAGAAGCUGUUGCGUUGAUGCCAAAAGCCCCAUCUUUUUCCCCUGUUCUUCAAAAUCUGACUUACAUCCAUGAAGAAAAUUUAAUCAAAAGUGAGUUUGGAGGUUCAGAAUUUGGAGGGUAUCCUUCUCUGAAACAAAGAUUUGAAUCUUAUGACAUAAAGGAGUCGAUGAGUGUCCACUGCGGAUUUGUUAGAGGUGACAAGCCCGGACGCAAUACAGGCUUUGAUAUUGAUGAUUCAGAUCUUUUUGAGAUGGAAGAGUGUCGGGGAGUAGUGGUUGCAUCAGCCAUAUUCGGUGCUUAUGAUUUGAUUCAACAGCCCAAAAACAUUAGUGAAACUGCAAAGAAGCUUUGCUUUUUCAUGUUUGUUGAUGAAGAAACAGCUAGAUUUUUAAGAAAUUCAAGUGCUUUAGAUGAUAGCAAGAGGAUUGGAUUAUGGAGAAUAGUUGUUGUCCAUAACCUACCGUAUACUGAUCCUAGGCGCAAUGGCAAGAUCCCGAAACUUCUACUACAUAGGCUUUUCCCAAAUGUUCGUUAUUCUCUAUGGGUGGAUGGGAAACUCGAGCUUGUUGUGGAUCCCUAUCAGAUUCUUGAAAGGUUCUUGUGGAGGAAGAAUGCUAGUUUUGCAAUAUCUAGGCAUUACAAGCGCUUUGACGUGUUUGAGGAAGCUGAAGCAAAUAAAGCAGCUUCAAAGUAUGACAAUGCCUCCAUCGACUUCCAAAUCAACUUUUAUAAAACGGAAGGUUUAACCCCAUAUUCGGAUGCCAAACUUCCUAUCAGAAGCGAUGUUCCUGAAGGAUGCGUGAUAAUACGAGAGCAUAUUCCUAUCUCGAACCUCUUUACUUGUCUUUGGUUCAAUGAAGUUGACCGCUUUACUUCCAGAGAUCAGAUUAGUUUUUCAACAGUAAGGGAUAAGAUCACAUCUAAGACGAAUUGGACAGUUCACAUGUUUUGGGAUUGUCAAAGGCGAAACUUUGUGGUUCAGGGAUACCACCGAGAUAUUCUCGAGCAUUGGGCACCACCACCUUCGCUGUUAGUACUGCCGUCACCGCCGCCACCGCUGCCACCGCCUCCUCCUAAUGCACUCCCUGUCAUUAUGGUGCCACCCUCCACCCCAGUUGAUGAAAAACCAAAAAUUUCAGCUUUAGAAACAUCCACGGAACAUAUUGUAAGUAAUCCCACAAAAGUCCCAUCAACAAGACGCCGGAGAGACAGAAGAAUAGGUUCACGAAGGCACCGGAAAGUUUCUGUUGGAAUUAGCCAAAAGUAAAAAAGAUUUGUAUAUCGAAAAGAAGUCAUAAGUUUCUUCCUUCCCUGGUAAAAAAAGCCAUUUUUGGGUUAGGAAGUAAUCUGUGCAAGAUGAGUAUUAUGAUCAUUAUAUACAAGUUAGUUUAUUGUUUCACCAUUUUUUGUUGUAUAUAUACUUGAAAAAAGAUCAUUAUAAUUUAUCACCCGAUUUUGUUGCUAUUUUGUCACUGAAACAUUUCUGUAAAGGUUGCAACAAAGUGCUUUGUUGCAUGUUGCAACAGGACAUGCAGUAUUAUCGUAAAAAGUUUAUAACAAUGUGGUCUGCUGAUUUGGUCUGCUCAA